AUGGCAACAUUUUUAGAUAAUUUUAACAAUCUAAAAGAAAAAGAUGAUGACAAUGAUGAUUUAAUUUUAGGGCAAAUAAUUAAAAAAAAUGAAAAUAUUUAUUUAAAAAAUAAUAUUUUAUCAGACAUUAACUUUCAUUACAAAAACAUAGAAAAUAUUCAAUUUUAUAAAUCAAUUAAAAAUUUAAAAGAAAUAUAUAAUGUUGGUGAUGGAAUUGAAGUUGCCUCAGAAAAUUCAUUAACUGGAAGAUGUAGUGCAAUAAUUAUCGCUAUUUGUUUAAUAGAAUUAAAAAAUAAUAAAAGUGCACAUUCAAUUUAUAUACAAUACUUUGAUAAAGAUACAGGUGAUCAAAAUAAUAAGCAUUUCAAGUAUAGUAUUUGA